UGGUUAUAUUUCAGUGAUAAAGCAUUUCGUUUCCUCUUCGCCUCCUGAUCCGCUCGCAAUGGCCUCGACACGGCUGGAGCGGUUCUGGGUUCUUUUCCUGCGUUUGGUCGUUAAAGCUUUUUUGUCCGUUUUCAGGUUAUUCGCACCUCAGCAGCUCGGAAGCACAGAAGGUCACCGGCUUCCCCCCAUCACCGAGCCGCUGCUGCGGGUUUCCGCCGUUCAGCUCGCGCGGAACAUCCGCCGGAAACAAGUAACAAGUGUCCAGGUGGUUCAGGCCUACAUCGAUCGUAUCCAGGAAGUCAACCCAUUAAUCAAUGCUUUGGUUAAAGACAGGUUUGCUGCAGCGCUCCAAGAGGCAGCACAGGUAGAUAAACUGAUAGAGGAGGAGACAGGAGGAGAGGAUGUACUGGAGGACAGGCUUCCGCUUCUCGGAGUACCCUUUACUGUGAAAGAGGCCUUCGCCCUGCAAGGCAUGCCAAAUUCUACAGGACUGCUGAGCAGGAGGACGGUGGUUUCAGGUGUGGAUGCCCCACCGGUGGCUCUGUUAAAGAGGGCUGGAGCAAUUCCACUUGGUGUGACCAACUGCAGUGAGCUGGCCAUGUGGCUGGAGUCUCACAAUCGCCUUUAUGGCAUUACCAGAAACCCUUAUGACCUCGGGAGGAUAGCAGGGGGCAGCUCAGGGGGAGAGGGAAGUAUAAUAGGUAGUGGAGCUUCUGUUAUUGGAGUGGGAUCAGACAUUGGAGGAAGCAUUCGCAUACCUUGUUUUUUUAAUGGCAUAUUUGGACAUAAGCCAACAUCAGGUAUAGUAAAUAACGGAGGUCAGUAUCCCCCAGCGUCUGGACAGCAGCCAGGCUUCCUCUGUACAGGCCCCAUGUGUCGCUAUGCUGAGGAUCUUCUGCCCAUGCUGAGGAUUAUGGCAGGACCCAAUGCAGAAAAAUUAUCCCUCUCUGCUAAUGUGGACCUGAAGAAACUCCGGUUCUUCUCUGUUCCUCAUGAUGGAGGAUCACCUCUUCUCUCUCCUGUAGACCCGCAACUGAUUCAGGCACAGAAGAAGAUGGUUGAACAUUUGGAGGCUGACUUAGGGGUCCAAGUUGAAGAAUUGCGCAUCCCUCAGCUCAAAUAUUCCUUUCAGAUCUGGGGCGCUAUGAUGUCCUCGCCUGGCAAGGAUGGAAAGCCCCCAACUACUUUUGCUGAGCUGAUGGGUGGAGGAGAGAAGAGGGUGUGGCCUGUGUGGGAGCUUUUCAAAUGGUUUCUAGGACUGUCCUCUCACACCAUGGCUGCUAUAGGUCUGGCCCUGGUGGAGAUGUUUCAGAGCUCACAGCCAUCUCAGUUCAUUCUUCAGCAGAAAGAGAGUUUGCAAAAGGAGUUGGAUGAGCUUUUGGGUACUGAUGGAGUACUGUUCUAUCCUUCACACCCUCAGCUGGCCCCUAAACACCAUCAGCCUCUAUUCACCCCCUUCAACUUCUCUUACACAGGGAUCUUUAAUAUCCUCGGGCUGCCAGUGACCCAGUGUCCUUUAGGACUUAGUGUGGAGGGUUUGCCCCUUGGACUGCAGCUUGUGGCAGGAAAGUUACAGGAUCAUCUCUCUUUGGCCACCGCUUUGUACCUGGAGAAAGCUUUCGGUGGAUGGAGAGAGCCGGGUGACACAGAGCACACACUUAACAGCACCUCGAAUAAUGUCAGUAAUGCCACAUAACUACCAAACUGUACAUGCAUUAAUUACUUACUUUAAUUUCUCAAAGCUUACAGUUACCACAUAAUGUGGGUAACAGAAUAAUACAUAUAGAUAUGUAUUAUGUAUUAUGUAGUGGAAGGAAUGAAGGAAGGAAGGAAGGACUGCAAGAAGGAAGGAAGGAAAUAUUAUGUGAUGAAUAUGUAAUAAUAUGUGAUAUGUAAUAUUAUUAAAAUAUGCCAUAGAUAUUAAUGGAACUGUUGUAAUGUAAAUUGCAAUUAAAUUACAAUUAAAUUAUUGAGAUAAUAAAUGUAAAUAGAAAGAAAGAAAGAAAGAAAGAAAGAACAAAGCAAAG